AUGGCAGGCAUGCUGGAGACAUUGUACUCCACCUCGGGAUUCACUUCAGAGAACAGCUUAUCAGGCCAUCCCCACACCCCUCCAUACACCCUCUCGCUUCCGCGUCCACGUAAAUCGAGCAAGCGCAGUCGCAGUCGCCUGGAGAGGAGCGACUCGCCUGCUUCCAACGCAGGCUCGCUGCACCCCACCGAAACCGUCAGUCCGGGCAAGAAGCCCAACAAGCGCAUUGCGACCGACAGCAUCAGAGUCGAGGAGUUGGCCGAAGGCGAUGCAGGCUACAUGGGAGACUUGGAUGUCGUCAACCCAGACGAAGUCGAGGAAAUCGACAGCAGUGAUGGCGACAGUCUAUACGACGACCAGCAUACUGCCUCUGCAGACGACCAUGACACCGAAGCAGAAAAUUUGACCCGGAAAAUGUCGCAAGUCCGCUUUGGGGACGAUCGAGAUGCCGUCUUUGAAAGGCUUCGGCAACGGAGGACCCGAGAGAAGCGAGCAGAUUCACGACUCUUCAAAAGAUCGCACAGCCAGAGCGUCAAGAGCGAGACCGAGGUCACUGACUUCGACGCCAUGCCUGAUCAGGAUCGAGAGUCCACCAAGCGCAGGCUGAGAAGGCGCACCAAAGGUCCCGACGAUGCUGACUUGGUCUUCGAUGACCUGCCACGCUCGUCGCCAUCUGUCGGCCGUUCGCCAGAACUUUUGCAUGCGCAUUACAGCUCGGCUGCCGAUAGCGGUGUCGAUCAAGUCAACAUCCCGAACGGGGGCCAUGACAUGGAUAUCGAUGUUGCCAAGUGAACCGCGCAGUAGCUUGGCGACAGUCGAUGCAGUCAUGUGCUUCGAACGGCCAGCAUACAAAGUUUGCUAUCUCAGGUGGCACCACGGUCUAUUCACCUCAAAUGACCUCCAACCCUGCCGUCAGCUCGACAUACUCGUAUCGAUGCCGAGAAUCAAGACUCUCUCAUCACCAGCGCAUGCGUACAGACAACCAUUGGAUGGUGCAUGGAACGGCCGACCACUGAAGUCGUGCUCUUGACCAAGAGCAUAACCCACUCGACUAUCGUGGAAGCUUCCACGCAGGCUUGGUAGCCUUCGAUACAUCAAGGUCAUUGCAAGCGGCCCGCCAUUGGAGAGUGGCCUGCGCUCAUGUCGUCCACGUCGUCCACCUAUAUGCGACCGACGAGGACCGGCACACUCCGAAAGCCAAGCCGUGACAAGCACUUGCGCCAAAAAUGCUCUGGCCAGCGAUGUAUUCCGGAUGCAGUCAUCCAGGACCAUUUCAGCAGUCAGCAGUCUUGGGCAUCAGAGUAAGGCCCUUAGAUGUGCCGCGAAUUCUGGCUUGCAUUUCUCGCCUGACGCCCACCGCCUGAGACCCCGAUUAUGCCAUAAACUCUGCCGUCAUCCACGACAGAUCUGUCUCUCUCCAAGACUGCAGACUCUGCAGCUAUGCGUUGAGAGCUUGGGUAUACUCAGCAUGAACUGAGGUGGAUUUGGCACCAGUAUGACCUUCGACAGCAAAUGUACCAGCCGGUUUUUUUUUC